AUGUGGAAGGCAGAGGUGGUGGAGGUGGAAGUAGUGGAAGAGGCGAAAGGUUGUGGAGGAGGUGGUGAUGGAGGUCGAGGAGUUGGAGGAGGUGGCGGUCAAAGUGAAAGAGGCGGAAGAGGUGGUGGAGGAAGAGGCGGAAGAGGUGGUGGAGGAAGAGGCGGAAGAGGUGGUGGAGGAAGUGGUGGUGGAGGUGGAAGAGGCGGAAGAGGUGGUGGUCGAAGUGAAAGAGGCGGAAGAGGUGGUGAGGAAGAGGCGGAAGAGGUGGUGGAGGAAGUGGUGGUGGAGGUGGAGGAGUUGGAAGAGGUGGCGGUCGAAGUGAAAGAGGCGGAAGAGGUGGUGGAGGAAGUGGUGGUGGAGGUGGAGGAGUUGGAAGAGGUGGCGGUCGAAGUGAAAGAGGCGGAAGAGGUGGUGGAGGAAGAGGCGGAAGAGGUGGUGGAGGAAGUGGUGGUGGAGUUGGAGGAGGCGGCAGAGGUGGAGGAGGUGGCAGAGGUGGAGGAGGUGGCAGAGGUGAAGGAGGUGGUGGAGGUGGAGGUGAAGGAGGUGGUGGAGGAGGAGGAGGUGAAGGAGGUGGUGGAGGAGGAGGAGGUGGUGGAGGUGGACGUGACUCCUGCUCUCUCUCGGUCUGCCAGAGGAGAGCCAGUCCCUGCUCUGAUUAAUUAG